AUCAUAAUCAGUCAUUCAUGCGUAGUAUAUAAUUUUUCAUAAAAUUAUACAUAUCAUACUGCAAGUGAACACAGGGAUCUUUUUUUUUAAAAAAAUACCAUUUUUUUGUCUGUCCGACAGUCAAUUAACUCAAUCAUGAGCGGAAUUCGUGUUGUAAAUUCUUUGGAAGUUCAAACAGAUAUCGGAAGAUGUUUUAUCGACCUUUGUGUUGGUGAUAUUACAGCUUUGGAAAAACGCGACGAAGUUGAUGUACUUGUUGUAUCGGCUUUUCCAGGAGACUAUAUACCGACUGAUACCUCUCUUAUUGGCCAGCUUUUUAAAAAGCUAGGUGUUAGUGUGAAAGACUUGUCAAAAGACAAAGAAGAGGACUUACGAAGUCUAUACUCUUGCUGGUGGUCUAAACCUCUUCCUAAGCAUCUUAGCUUCAAGAAAAUACUUUGCUUUGAAAGCGGAGGACGCUGUGGGUUCACAGUAGGUCAACUUGUUGGUGAUGUCUUCAGAUGUUUGGUUCCAAUUCUUGCAAAUAAAGAAGGGAAGGUCAUUAUGCCUAUACUUGCAUCAGGCGAUCAGAAAGCAUCUAAAACAAAGAUGCUACGACUUCUUUUGAAUGCUGCUAUCAAUUGGAUACAAGCUGGUUUACCUUUACGACACUUGAAAAUUGUUAUAUUUUCAAGAGACGUAAAAAACAUUAGUGCUUCUGACAAACCAUUGUUGGAUUUGUUUCAAAAUAUAAAGAAUGAUCAUGAAGAAAGAUUUCAUUUCUUUAAAGAGGAUGAAACAAUUACUUAUGAACAUGAUGUUUACCUUGCGUACAGUGAAGAAGAUGUGGAAUAUGUUGAUCAUGUGGUCAACAAACUUGAAAAGAGCAUGAAAAAUAUUCGAUUAUUUUCUGCUGUCCAAGAGCUUAACAUCGAAACCUCUUGGCAAACUCAGUUUUAUGAUGUCAUCACCAAAUGCAAAUGUGUUGUGACUCUAAUCACUCCAGGAUUUUUGCAGUCAGCACGAUGUACUGAGCAAUACAAUAUUGCAUUAUGUCAUAGUCGGAAAAUGCAAAAAAAUAUUUUAAUGCCACUUUACAUCAUCGAGGUUUAUUAUAUGCCAACAUACAUGAAGAUAACGCAGUACAUUGAUUGCAGGAGGGAUUUUGAAGAAAACUUGAGUGCUGCAUGUAUAACAGUCAUUGAAAGUCUUUCUUCGAACGUCGUCAAGAAAAGGAACUUUAUUGAUAGUGAUAAAAAUAUCUCUCAAAAACCAUCACAACAAAGUUAUGAUGUUUUUUUGUCAUAUUGUCAUCUUAAUGCUGACUUUGCAACGUCUUUGGUCAAGGAACUACGGCGGGAAAAACCAGAUAUUAAUAUUUUUAUCGAUACUGCAGAACUUAAAGCUGGCGGAGCGUGGCAACUGGUAUUGUAUGAUGCUUUAGAAUGCUCAAAGUUUGUCGUUACGUUGAUAUCAAAUGAAUAUUUAAGUUCAAAAGUUUGUAUGGAGGAAAUAUCCAUUGCUAUUGCACUUCAACUUCGCAAGAGUUGCAAGGUUUGGCCCAUAUUGAUUGGAAGCCUGGAUAAAAACGCGUCGUGGUUAAAGUUCCUUAGUCCUAAAACUUUUCCUCAAGACUUUAAAGAAGACGAUUCUCCGAUGGCGUUUCUUUCCCGUCAAUUUCUGGUUAAUUUUUAUGAAAAUGAACAAACAGUCACUUGUAAAGACAUUUUUCAGCCGUUUUUUACAAGUUUAGAAGAAGCUCGGAUCUUAUUCAUGGAUAAGAAAUUUGAGGCACUUGUUGAUGGUUCUCUAGACUUUCCUUUAGGUAAACCUGAGGACAAUCCAGACGCCCCCCUUCGGGAUAAUCCAGACGUCCCCUUUGAGGAUAAUCAUGACUCCCCCCUUGAGGAUAAUAUUCCUAAAUCAUCGACUUUCACACCUAAAGAAGGAGAAGAUGGCAUUGAUGUGUAUGUCAUUUGCUCACAUGAGGAUGAAGAAUCUUUUUUAGUGUUUCAAGAAUUUCUUUCUUUCAAAAAAUCGUUCGUUGUGAAGAGCUCAAUGAUAGAGGACGCUACUAGUCGCCUGAUGUAUUUAGAAAAAGCUCGGAUAAUUGUACCACUGUUGUCAAGUAGUUUUUUUCAGUCGUCGGAACUGAUCCAUGAACUGAAUAUUGCAUGGUGUCGUCAAAGAGUUUGCUCAAAAUUAUGUUUUGUAGCAAUUACUUUAGGGAAAUUGCCACAAUCUAUGACGUAUUUUCACCUUUUCCCCUGUUUUUUCAAUGCACAAGAUGAUUGUUGGACGAAAGAUCGUGAUACAUUGGAGCUUGUCAAAUGGGAAAAAUUGACUCGAAUUCAUAGAAAUUAUCAGACUCAACUUAAUGUUUUACGUUGCUUAUCCACGGCUGCAAGGUGCAUUCAGAGCUGGGAGGAUGGAGAGUAUUGCCCUUUCUUAGGUAUACACAAUAAGUUAUUUAACUAUCUACAACUGAGAGAGUGUAUUAAAAGAUAUAAAGAGACUUUAUUGAACAGUGUUGAGGUUGAUCAUGAUAAAAAUACCGUGGCUCAUUCUUCUGAUAAUGUACAUCAGUUGUAUCGAGGAAAUGAUAAAAGUGAGAUGCUAAGUGAUAAGGAAGAAGUUCCUGUAGAGACAUCUGUAAUCGAAAACCAUCGAGAAAACGAUUAUCACCACACGCCAAAGUCCGUUGUUUUGACGAGUUCUCUCUCAGAACUGAACGAGAAACAGCCUGAUACUCGUGGUAAGCAUGAUGGAGAGAAACAUAGUGAAGAACAGAUAAACAUUGAUGUUCUUUCAAAUGACUUAAAGACAGUAAAUGAUGAUGACAGUAAUAGCAAAACAAACUCAUUAAGCGUUAACUCAAAAAAUCAUGUGAAAAAAUCUAGAUCAUGUAACGUCGUGUAACGCUGUCCACGUUAGUAUUAAAUGAUCGAUGUGCAAGCAUAACACAACUAUAUACGUACAUAAACUUUAGUAAUUAAACAUUUCAUUAACUCAAA